GUUUGAACCCCCCACAACACAAUUUGCAAUAUAUGUAUAUGAAAUGCCGUUAAUAUACACAAACCUAGUAUUGACUUACAGCAAUCACCAGGUUCUCAAGCUCAGUCUAAACUAUCCAAGAACUGCUGCCUUUCCGAAGCAACAUGGGAGCCAAAAGUGUCCAAGAACUGAGCAUCAGUGACCAAGAUUUACCACAAAACUAUAUCUACAAAGGCAGUGAUGUUGGACUCCUUGAUGCUUCUCUUCCGUUCAUGGAGGUUCCAAUUAUUGAUUUUGGUCUUCUCACGUCUCCAUCAUCCUGUAUAGAAGAACUUGAGAAGCUUCGUUCAGCUCUCAGCUCGUGGGGCUUUUUCCAGGCAGUGAAUCAUGGAAUAGAAAUUACAUAUCUAGACAAAGUACGUGAAGUCACCAAGCAAUUCUUUGCACUUCCUCAAGAAACGAAGCAGAAAUACCACAGAGAAGAUGACAGCACUGAGGGAUAUGGGAAUGACAUGAUCAUCACGGAGAAUCAGACACUGGAUUGGAGUGAUCGAUUGUUUCUUACUGUAAAUCCACAAGAACGGAGACAACUCAGAUUCUGGCCGGAAUACCCUGAAACAUUUAGGGAAAUUUUAAAUGAAUACACUUUGAAAUUACAGGUGAUGACUGAGGUUCUCCUUAAGGCAAUGGCGGGGUCAUUAAAUUUGGAAGAGAACAGCUUUUUGGAUAUGUUUGGAGAACAAUUACAAGCCUUAAUAAUUGCAAGAUUCAACUUCUAUCCUCCAUGUCCGAGGCCUGAUACGGUUCUUGGGUGCAAGCCUCAUGCAGAUGGAACAGCACUCACCAUUCUCUUGCAAGACAAAGAGGUGGAAGGUCUCCAAGUCCAGAAAGACAAUCAAUGGUACAGAGUUCCGGUCAUUCCGGAAGCUCUUGUCAUAAAUCUUGGGGAUCAGGGAGAGAUAAUGAGCAAUGGAAUUUUCAAGAGCCCUGUGCACAGAGUGGUGACAAAUAAAGAAAGGGAAAGAAUUUCUCUGGCAGUGUUCUUUAUUCCAAAUUCAGAUAAAGAGAUUGAACCAGUGAAUGGAUUAAUUGAUAAGACAAGGCCAAGAUUGUACAAGAAGGUGAAAGAUUAUGUUAGUAUCUAUUUUCAAUAUUACCAGCGAGGUAGGAGGCCAAUUGAAGCUGCAAUAAUUUAGCUUUCUUUGUGUGUCUAAAUCUUUUUUUAUACACAAGUUAGAUGCUGUAUUGUAGCAAUUAAUUUGAAAUCAAAAUAAAUGUAUUAAUUCUAGAUCAUCUGUUGGGAAAGAGAACAGAACAACUUGUUACACAUGUUAGCUUUUGAUAAAUUGUAAAUCCAACAGAUGGGAAGCAUAUUAUUAGGUCAAUUCCAUUAGGGCCUUAGUCAAAAUAACACUUUAGAUUCCGAAAUGAUAGAAUAAGCCCAUGAUAAACAACCUCAAUUGUAAUCAGCUGUUCAAACACUUGCAGUAUCAAUCUCCUACUAUGAAACUGCCUCUCUUUUAUUUUUAUCUCA